GAUUGCGCACAUGGGCACGCUCGCGUGGGUGCCAAUCCCCGCUGCUGGCAAGGAUCCUCGCCUUCGGGUUUUGUUCCUACUUCUCGAGGCCACCCUGACGGCGUGGUUUUGGGCGGUACACUCAGAGUGUCGGCAGACCGACCGGCAGGUCAUAGAACAGCUCUGCCCUUGGCCAACCGAUUCUUUUCAGUACGGAGGGCUCUGCAGCCACUCACCACUGAACGAAGGUGUUCGUGGGGACCUCGGCAUGAGCGAGGAGCUCUUGAACCAGCUCGAGGCCGAGGCUCGAGAGCGCCGCAGGGAACUUCGUCGCCAGACCGACAAAAAGUACGCUCCCGCAUAGCGUAAUGAAGAUCGCAAAGCUUUCAAUGCGCGUCCGAGGGGGGCUUUAUGCCAAGAAUAAGCAGCGGGGUUUGGCUGUCAAGUACAAGUCGGCCAUGAAGAUGUAUGUUACACGGAAGUUCUUCUGCAACAUCUGCAAGACUCCCUGCACAUCGCAGUGGAAUCUGGACCGGCAUAGAGAGGCAGAGAGGCAGAGAGGC